AUGUCGGAGCUGAGCGACGAGGCCAGUGAGUCGGAGCUGCUGAGCUGCAGCCUUUCCAUGUGGCACGGGGCUGGUCAGAUGCUCUGUCGGGAGGAGCUGGACGUUCCCCUGGACCUGCACACAGCCUCCUCUGUUGGCCAGUAUGAAGUGGUGCAGGAGUGCAUUCGGCGUGGAGAUCUGGAUUUAAACAAGAGGAACUGUGGUGGCUGGACUCCACUGAUGUACGCCUCCUACAUCGGCCACGACACCAUUGUGCACUUGCUGCUGGAGGCAGGAGUGAACGUGAACAUCCCCACGCCAGAAGGGCAGACUCCACUCAUGCUGGCCUCCAGCUGUGGCAAUGAAAGUGUGGCUUACUUUCUUCUGCAGCAAGGUGCAGAGCUGGAGAUGAAGGAUAUUCAUGGCUGGACUGCCUUAUUUCACUGCACCAGCGCCGGACAUCAGCAGAUGGUCAAGUUCUUACUGGACAAUGGGGCCAAUGCCAACUGCAAGGAGCCAGUGUAUGGAUAUACACCUCUGAUGGAAGCAGCUGCUUCUGGCCAUGAGAUCAUUGUUCAGUAUCUUCUCGAUCAGGGAGUGAAGGCAGAUGUCAGAGAUAACACUGGAGCCACAGCACGGGCACUGGCCAUGAAGUAUGGACACACCAAGAUUGUGGGGCUGAUAGAUCUGCAUGCAGCCCCAGUGCCCAAGGUCUUCUGCAGGGGGCCAGGGAAAUACGAAGAGCUGAGUUCCUCAGAUGAAUCAUCUUCUGCUCCCCAGAGGCAGAGACCAGCUCGUAGGACCAAGGGUCCCAGCAUCCACGAUGGGCCCCAGGCUUUGGCUAAGAUAACAGCAGUUGGAAUUGGGGGAAAGAAGCAGUCUCGCUGUGAGCAGGUCCCUCCUCAAGGCUAUGUGACCUUCAAUGAUGAUGGCAGUGGUGAGGCAGGGGACAUCCGCAACCGGGAUGUCACCUCUCCAAUUAAUGAGCAGGAUGUGGAGAGCAGCAGCAGCAGAGAAGAUAAUGUUUUCUUCACCAACAACUUGGGAACUGUCAGGAGCAGCAGCAGUAGCAGUGAAUGCCUGACCAAAGCCCUGGGGGUCAGCAGUGAAGGCUCCUUGGAAAGCAAUGAGGAUUCUGACCAUGCCAACAGCCCCCCUAGUCGGAAACAAGCCAAGAGCUUUAAGAGCAAGAACCGCUACAGCAACAGCGACAGCCAGUGGACCCACUGCCUGGGCAAGGCUGGGGGCUCUGCUCAGCACCUCAUCCUCCCUGAGCCCCCUGCCUACACAGGACCCCAGGACCUGGCAACGUUCCUCGAGCAGAUUGGGUGCCUGAAGUACCUGCAGGUGUUUGAGGAACAAGACGUUGACCUCAGGAUCUUCCUGACCCUGACAGAGAGCGACCUGAAGGAAAUCGGCAUCACUCUCUUUGGGCCAAAGAGGAAGAUGACUUCAGCCAUCGCCCGCUGGCACAGCAACGCGCGCCCGCCCAGCGACGCCCUGGAGCUGGCCUACGCCGACCGCCUGGAGGCUGAGAUGCAGGAGCUGGCCAUUCAGCUGCACAAGAGGUGUGAAGAGGUGGAGGUGCUGAAGGGGCAGGUGUGCCAGGAGCAGAAGCUGCGUGCAGUGGCUGAGAGCUGUUUGAUGGAGAGGGAUGAGACCUGGAAUGCCAUCCAGAGCCAGCUCAGAGAGGCUCAGGCCAUCACCAAGGAUGCUGGAGUCCUGCUGGAUCAGAUCAAGUGCUGCCAGGCAGAGCUGGCCUCCAGGCUGGCCCCGGAGCAGGCGGGUGGCAGCGUGCUGGGCACCGAGGUGCAGCUGGGAGCCGGCGAGAGCAGGCGGCCUGGUGAGCCCCCAGUGCUGGAAGGAUGGCCACCUUCCCUGAACUCCCUGAGCUUGCCUGAGCUGUCGGCUGUCCUGGAGGAGUGUGUGGGAGAAAUGGGAAAAGCUCUGCAGACUGUGACUCAAAACCUCCAAAGGCUCCAAGCCCCGGGGCAGAGCAGGCAGGGCUGGUUAGAGCCAUAA